CGCCGUGUUGUCAUUCUGGCAUUGUCCGCCGAGGAGGUAGACGAGAUGGCGCUGUAUGUGUGGGGAAAGAACUGCGCGUUGAGCAUGGCGGCCACGGAGCGGGAGAAGACUGUCGUGUACCCGACCUUGAUGGAGCAUUUUGGCAGUGAAGUCGUGACGGACUACGCCGCGGGCGACAACCAUGCGUUGGCAGUGACCGAGUUUGGCGACGUUUACUCAUGGGGUCGUGGGAAAGACGGAGAGCUCGGCCAUGGCGAUCCCAGGGACGACCAGCCCGUUCCCUUAAAGAUCAAAGGGUUGCAGGAGCAUAUUGUCAAUGUCGCAUGCGGUAAUAUUCACUCGAUGGCAACGACGAUAACAGGUCACGUGUACAUGUGGGGUCUCUUGCACGACGAAGGCCCACCAACGAGUACACCUGACGAUAACGAGUCCUCGUCGUCGGGCAUGCUCAUGGGGAUGGCGGAGGUCCGUGCCAGCACUCAAAAUGACCCCAUUCUGGCGCGCGUCGUGCGCGAUGCAGAGGCGGCAUACAGGGAAGGCACGAAUGAAGUCAGCGACUUUGAACAAGGCGUGGACAAAAUGACCGAGCAUCGCCAUCGACAAUCUGUGCCGCGGCUUGCGACAUCGUUGAUCGGCCACUUCAUCACGAAGGUGUCAGCGGGCGCCGGCCACAAUCUAGCGCUUAGUGCGAACGGCGAAGUGUUUAGCUGCGGAUACAACGAGCAUGGCCAGCUCGGGCUUGGGCAUGCCAACACAGUGUCGAGCUUCCAACUGAUCCUGUCUCUGCAAGGCCUCUUUGUCCACGACAUCGUGUGUGGCCACCAACAUAACUUGGCACAAGUGCAGCUGGACGGUAUCUCGCGCUGCUUUACCUGGGGGCUUGGAGCGCUGGGGCAGCUCGGGCAUGGUACACGGCGUUCGUUUGCGACACCGAGACACGUCCAGGGGAUUGCCGCCGCGAUUGUAAGCGUUGGCGCGGGAAGCCAUCACAGCGUUGCCGUCGACGAAGAUGGGAUCGUGUACACGUGGGGCCAUAGCGAAUACGGUCAACACGGAGUCGCGAUGGCUGGGCACGAUUUGAACGAUGCCCGUGAGUUUUUCGUACCACGGAAGCAGCAGACGCUAGCAACGACUGCGCCGAUCGUAUCCGUGUGUUGUGGAUCGCAUUACACGCUGGCGACUGGUCGCGAUGGCCGACUCUACUCGUGGGGCUGGAACACGUAUGGCGUACUGGGCGUCGGGCACUUUUUGACGACGACCGCGCCUCAGCCAAUCGACAAACUCAACGGGUACACGAUCGCUCGAGUUAUGGCCGGUUGCAACCAAUCGGGCGCGAUUGUGGACUGCAUGGGAGCGCCACAUGCCAUGCGGUUCCGUCGCUUGAUCGUCGGUGAUCACUCGAGCAAACGAUACGACCUGGCGUUGACAGUACCCACGGCCGUCAAGAGCUCCCUCGUGCAUUGGGUGUUUUUAAAAGCACGUUGUCCGUACUUGUUUGGGUAUUGCCGCGCGGCGGUUGCGGCUGCUCCGCAAUUGUGUGGUGCCGACCACGUGCCCGUCGUGCAAGUGCACUUCCCUGACUUGCCCAUGUUGGACAGUCCCGUACGUCAAUCGAUUCGCGAAUCUGGUCAUCUACCUGCUACCUCUCUAGGUUCUCAAAGCCAUUCUCGUCUACUUGUACACGGAUCGGCUGGACAUCGCGAUCCACAAAGUCGCCGCGGUCAAAGAGGUCGCGAAAGUGUUUGCAUUGGUACACGAUCUCCCAUUUUCCAUUGCAUGCAAGCGUACGGUCGGCAAACAGCCUGGCCUAGCUCACAUGCUAAACGAAAAUGCCCCACUCGGACAUUGUACCUUGACGCUUCAUGUAGCCCUUCUUGAUGGCGCAAUGCGAUAUGCGGUUGGGGCGACAUUGUGGUCGCGCCAAGUCGUCGUCGUUCGCACAGGACAUGACGACCGUGGCGCUGACCCCCGAGUUCGCCGACGCCUGGUUUGAGUGGCCCUCCGCGGCGGAAGAUGGACAAAUGAUCAAGAUCCCGGCCCAUCGCGUGGUGCUGUGUGAGACGUCGUACUUUGCAACGAUGCUAUCUGGGCGAUUCCGUGAAGGGUCGGAGAAUGCGUCUUUGUCAAUGGCAGGCAUGGCGGCCGACGGAAUGGACGUCGAGGUGUUCCGGGCGGCGCUAAUGUGGCUGUACACGGGGUGUCGAGCUCAGUUGGACGCGAUGGCAUUCAACCAAGUCGUGGACUUGCUCGUGAUGGCCAAUAUGCUGGACUUGGAAGGACUCGUCAGCGUGUGCACGACGAUUCUGUCCAAGAUCGUCGCGUCCUCCAAGUCCUUGGAGAUUUUGACAGUGUGUCAUGACGUGGCCGAGAGUCUCAACAUGCAGCGCUUGAAAACGCAAUGCGAAGUCAUGCUCCACUCGGUCAAGACGGCCUAGCUUCCUCCACGGCUCCGUCGAUCGCAUCGUGGAAUUCGAAACCACAUUCAAAAUUCACAAAUAUUUUACCAUAUUUUUGUAGCAUUUCGUGUAUAUAUUGCUAAAUAUUCCAUAAAUUUUCAACGA